CUCUGACGUAGGGAAAUCUUCGACCGGCAACUGGAACUAGUGCAUUUCCCGUAUUUGUCCAGCCGAGUCUGUCUACUCGUCCACUUCACUUAAAUUGAUUCCCUUUUUAUAUCUCCUUAUACGUCUGCGUGCCAGUCUGGUUCUUCUUGUUUCGUAUUAUUUUGUUAUUACCCUCAAUGUUGCGUACCGCACUUGACGCAACGCUCUCAGGCCAACCAGAAUCUCAGCUCGGUCUGAUCAAACGGACAAAACGUGCAGCUUGCAUCGCAGAUCAGGGAGAAUGAUCCCGUUGUCCUCGCUCCUCCGGUCUCUCAUCACGAUAGAUCCGAAUGGGUGACAGGCGAAACGCCGUCCCGCCCUCCCGAGCCAAGGCUCGUCGGGUGCCUGCGGACGGCAUCAUCGGACGCUUGACGUACAUCCCAGCUCAAGGCGAUGAGGGCAUCGGCCAGAUACGGAGGAACCGAGCCAAGGACGAGACCCCUCGCUUUAAGCAAGUAACGCCGUUUUCGCAAUGGUGCGCUCCGUCGAGAACUACGACGUCCCAGCCCAGCGACAUGCGGCCCUCCCAGGUUGCAAGGUCUCAGAAGUACUGGCUCUUAGAGCACUUCCCUGAGGCGUCUGUUGGCAGCGAGGACGUGGAGUCGCUGUUGCUGCAGGAAAUUGCAACCGCCCAGACAACGCAGCAGCCAGCACUGGUCGAUACGGUCUCCUUGUUCUCCGUUGGAGAAGCGACCGAUUUGAGAGAUAGCAACUCGACCAGGGGUCAUCCAGUGCUUGCUGUUGCCUCCGGGGUCUCGGGCAAUGUGAUACGGCUGAUCAGCCUCGGCCGCGAAGAGUGGUCCUGGACCGAGGCAGACCUCAAGGUCCGUGUCCACAUCGCCGACCCCAAGCUGGAGGGUGAGUGGUUGCAUGGUGGCGGCCCGAUCUCGCUCGUCAGAUUCGCCAUCGACCUGAGAAAAUACGACCCCAUUAGAUGGCUUCUCGUCUCAAACGGGGCGUCCAUCACUGUUUACGAGCCUGAAUUGCGCCCGAUACCCAUGCCGGCUGCCACGGACCCGGGGCGGCUUCCUGGCCGGCCGCUUCCUAGCCAGCUGUUUGGUAAUCCGCUCUUCGCGAUACCUUGUGAUCGCACCGGAGGAAGCCUGCAGGCCGACGUUUGCUUUGCUCGGCAUCCCGACGCGGACACUCCUCAGCUAGCCAUCAUUGACCAAGCAGGGUACUGGAGUCUGUGGGAUGUCACGGGCCGCCGACACAGACGGCCGAAGGCCUUGACGCCGGUCAUGAAAAUGUGCGGCAACAUCGUCUCGGGAUUUAUUCCAAAGUUACCUUCCAACUCCAUGGCAAACACGCAGCCACAUCAGUUACUGUGGCUGUCCUUGGGUCAGAAUAUUUCCAAGUCUUCUCGGCGCUCAGUGAGCCGCACGAGAAGUCCACCCGAGCGCUCCCGCACGUCUGCCGAUCCAGAGCCGCAGCCGUCAAGACGAAUACUGCUAUUGCGCAGCCAAAGUGCUCUGCAUUUUUUCGACCUGUCUACCAGGAAAAUGUACCCCGUCUCGAGUCUAGUGUCGCAGAAGCAAAAGCAUCGGAUUCUGGGUGUAGCACCCUCGUGCCUGGAUCCCGGCCAGGUGUUUAUACUCACCAGCACCUCCCUGUUCUGGGCGGUUGUAAAGGAGGACAAAAACGACACGCUUACCCUCGACAUUCUCGCCUCCUGCCCUCACCAAAAGGAUGUUAACGACCAGACCCUGCGCCUGGACGUCUCACCCGCUACUUACAUCAACAACUUCAUGGCCUGCUUUGUGUGUGUCCGCUCUGCCAUGGACACCGAAAUGACCAUCUUCUGGUUCAUCAGUCCAGAGCCGGGCACGCCCAUUCGGUAUCACCGGGACCUCAUAACGCUCAACAGCCCAGUCAACUUUGUGGGCCUCGGCAUCCUCCCGGCCGCCCGUCGGAUGGGUGCUGAGCCGACGUCGGCGGCGGGCCGAGCGAUGCGGAGUGCGCGGCUGCGGUUCUUCCAGCUACUUACUCUCGGUCAGGAGCUAGAGGUGCACUGCGCGCUGUGCGCAUGGUCGGAUGAUGCCGACGUGUCCGUGCCGCUGCCUGACAGGAGAGAGACGCUCGGAGACGGUGUCAAUCGGCGCUUGAAACUGCUGCAGACUCUGACGGACGCGUUUGCAGUGCCGGAUGAAUUUGACGAGCGUGCCGUGUCCGGGAAGAAGGAGCUUGAAGGGUUAGCGGUGACGGGGCUGAAGGGGGGCAUUGAGCAGCGUGUUGACUUUGGCCUUGUUGCGCAGCGCUUGGUUGCGGGAGAGCCAAUGGCAGGAGGCGGGGACGAAGAAAUGCUUGAGGAUGGCGUUGAUUUCGGAUUUAUCGGCGAGGCGGUCGAGCAAAAGAAGAAGGAUGACUACAUGCCGCGGCAUUCACUGCUUGAUCUGGUCACCUCCCAACGGCCGAGGGGCGAACUUCUUGAGCUGGCCCGCGAGUGGGACGCCCAGCAGGAAGCACUACAUCGACGCGCGGGCGAAUGGCUCUUUCUCCCAGAAGCUCGCCGUCCAUUCAUCGAUUUCGGCCCUGACGACCUCGUGGGGAGACUGCAAGAUUUGUUUGUCGACUCCUCGCCUAGCCAAGAUGCUUCCCUUCGACACCGGGAGGAAGUACUUCGGAACAUGGCGGCAGAGAUGUUUCUUACCAGCAUAGGCGUCUCGGCCGUACCUCCAUCAUGGACGACCCAGGAAAACCAACUGUCGAGCUCGCUACCUUUCCCAAGCUCGCCGAGUAUCAUGCCCUCCCGCCCUUCACUAUCCAGCCCGCACAAAUCAAAGGGCAAAGCGACACCCGAGCAGAAGCAAGGCGACGCCGUAGCCCUCCGCCUGCGCAAGUACGCCACGCUCGACACAUCCCCAACGCUGAACGGCGAACCCGCCCUCGCCCUCUCCCGCUGGGAGCUUGGCGCCGAUCCGGACGACAUCAGCUGGAAACCAGGCCAAGACCUUGAGGCCGAGGACGCCAUCAACCGGCGUCGGCGCAAGAUAGAGGCGCGCCGGCGAAAAGCCGAGCGGCUCUCGCAGCGGAUUUUUGGCGACGAUUCCCUGCUGAUGGAACGAUCAUCCCAGUCAUUCGGCGCCCCGGGGACGCAGCAGCCGCCGACGAUUCUCUCGACCGGAGCGAGCAGCGGCAGCCAGGAGCAGCGGCAGAGUUUGAGCCAGAGCCAGCAGACACCGAGGCCGAAACUGGCGUGGGGCUUUUCGUCACAACAGCAGCAGCACGUGGGAGCGUUUGGGUCGCCGAGGGUGUUUGCCGGUUCGCCAUUGAGGAAAGAGUACCGACGGGACUCGGGGAUGAUAAAAGUAGGAGGGAUUCACUCUUCGCAGUCGCAGUCGCAGUCGCAGUCUCAGGGUACUCCGUCGCAACCCAGAUCACAAGUGAUGCCGGGCUUGUUUGGCGGGCGGCCGUCAUUCUCGCCGUUCAAGAAGAGCCCGUUGAAGAAGGGGAAACGGAAGAGCGAGGUGCGCCUAAGCGGGUUUAGAUAGCUAGCAGCGGGUGAAGAGAGAAGAAGAAGAAGAAGGGGUGGGGUUGUGCAAGUGUGCGACUGUUGAAGCAACAGUCGCAUUGACUUUAUUUGACGUUAUUUCGAUUGUCAGGUUCGAGACAGAUUUGAUUCCUUCCAGUCGAUAUUUUGUUAUCAAGCUGAACAACACACUUUCUCAGAGGGUUGUUGUGAGGCCUGUCUGUAGCCAUCAUCCACCUGCCAAAAUUUUGUUAGUGUUGUUUGGCUG